CGUCAAUCGACUCCUUUCUCCUCACCCCAUCCCCUUCACUCUCCUCUCUUGCGCCGGCAAUGGCCUCCAAAUUUAUCCCUGCCGUCCCGCGGGUCGGCCGCCAGUUCUUCCAGCGCAUCCCCAAGACCCAAUGCAGACCCUUCUCGGCUGGCCCGCAACGCUACAGCGAUGCCCUCUCGGUGCAUCGCAACUCGCCCUCCAACAACCCGUCCAUCCCUUUCAAGUUCACCGAGCAGAACCUUAAACUCGUCGAUGAGAUCCUCAAGCGCUAUCCCCCCCAAUACAAGAAGGCUGCCGUCAUGCCGAUUCUCGAUCUGGGCCAGCGCCAACAUGGUUACACCAGCAUUAGCGUCAUGAACGAGGUCGCCCGCAUGCUCGAGAUGCCCCCGAUGCGUGUCUACGAAGUCGCGACUUUCUACACCAUGUACAACCGUGAGCCGGUGGGCAAGUACUUUGUCCAGCUCUGCACGACGACACCGUGCCAGCUCGGCGGUUGCGGCAGCACCAAGAUCGUCGAGGCGAUCACCGAGCACCUGGGCAUCACUCCCGGCCACACCACUGAGGAUGGCCUGUUCACUUUCAUCGAGGUCGAAUGCUUGGGUGCCUGUGUCAACGCCCCCAUGGUCCAGAUCAACGACGACUACUACGAAGAUCUCACCCCCGAAUCCAUCAAGACCCUUCUCACCGCUUUCAAGGAAUCCUCUCGCGCUCUCGAAGCCGGCGAGACGGUCAAGGUGCCCGCCCCCGGCCCCCUGAGCAGCCGAGACUCCUGCGAGAACGGCGCCGAACUCACGAACCUGCGCGAACCCCCGGUCUUCGAUCCCUCGACGAUGAUGAGAAAGGAUGGUGCCUUGGACCAGGAGCAGCCGGCGCAAUAAACAUGAUACAUACAAUACAAUAAUCUGCCAACGAAACAAAAGAAACAAAAAGACAAACAAAGAAAUGAUAUCAUUUGUGUGCUUAGUUGGACGGUCGGGUUUCCUUUUCUUUUUUUACUUAUCUCAUUCCCAUUUUAUUUUUUUAGCUUGACUUCCUGGGUGGUAGAUCCCGCACUGAAGCAAAGCAAACCGCCUGGUGUCAGUUUUGUACAGUAUGUUGUUCCCACUGGCUGUUUAUUCUCAAAAAGGGAAGCCAGAUAUAGUGGAAAAUUGUUGGACUGCUAUAGAUGAUUGAUUUAGGAGUACCUAAUGCAGUUCUU